AUGGGUAUCUGUUGUAGUUGUAUGGGGGACGCUGGCGACGACGCCAGCGUGCUUCCUAUCGCAGAUAACGAGCGUGAGGCUGUGACCUCUUUGCUGGGAUAUUUGGAAGAUAAAGACAGAUUCGACUUUUACAGCGGUGGCCCGCUGAAGGCGCUCACCACGCUGGUGUACUCCGAUAACCUGAACUUGCAGCGCAGCGCGGCAUUGGCUUUUGCAGAAAUUACCGAAAAAUACGUGCGGCCCGUAAACCGCGAGGUCUUGGAACCCAUCUUGAUCUUGCUGCAAAGCAGCGACUCGCAAAUCCAGGUUGCAGCGUGUGCCGCGCUGGGAAACCUCGCUGUCAACAACGAAAACAAGAUUCUGAUUGUCGAUAUGGGCGGACUCGAGCCACUGAUCACGCAAAUGAUGAGCAGCAACGUUGAGGUGCAGUGCAAUGCAGUGGGCUGUAUCACUAACUUGGCCACGCAGGACGAUAACAAGGCCAAGAUCGCUACCUCGGGUGCGCUCGUACCGCUUACGAAACUGGCCAAGUCUAAAAACAUCCGGGUUCAAAGAAACGCGACCGGUGCACUGCUCAACAUGACCCAUUCUGGCGAAAACAGACGUGAGCUUGUUAACGCAGGUGCGGUUCCGGUCCUAGUGUCGUUAUUGUCGUCUGUUGAUGCCGACGUGCAGUACUACUGUACAACAGCGCUUUCCAACAUUGCAGUCGAUGAAUCCAAUCGCAAGAAACUUUCUCAAACGGAACCCAGGUUGGUCUCCAAGUUGGUUGCUCUGAUGGACUCGCCCUCUGCCCGAGUAAAAUGUCAAGCCACUUUGGCGUUGCGUAAUUUAGCCUCCGAUACUGGGUAUCAAUUGGAAAUUGUGCGCGCCGGCGGUCUUCCACACCUGGCCAAACUCAUCCAGAGCGACUCUAUGCCACUAGUGUUGGCGAGUGUAGCUUGUAUCCGAAACAUUUCCAUCCAUCCUCUAAAUGAGGGAUUGAUCGUGGACGCCGGGUUUUUGAGACCCCUGGUUAAAUUAUUGGAUUUUAAAGCUUCCGAAGAGAUUCAAUGCCAUGCCGUAUCUACUCUCAGAAACCUUGCAGCUUCUUCAGAAAAGAAUAGACAGGAAUUCUUCGAAAGUGGAGCAGUUGAAAAGUGUAAGGAGCUGGCUUUGGACUCGCCUAUGAGUGUGCAAAGUGAAAUUUCUGCUUGUUUUGCGAUUCUGGCCUUAGCAGAUAACUCUAAGAUUGAUCUGCUGGAUUCAAACAUUCUAGAGGCUCUAAUACCCAUGACAUUUUCGAAAAACCAAGAAGUUUCCGGGAAUGCCGCCGCCGCGUUGGCCAAUCUAUGUUCAAGAAUCAAUGACUACACAAGAAUCGCCGAGUCUUGGGAAAGACCCGGAGACGGUAUUCGCGGCUUCUUGAUACGGUUUUUGCGCAGCGAAUACCCGACUUUUGAGCACAUUGCGCUUUGGACUAUUCUCCAAUUAUUGGAAAGUCACGACGACACCAUUCUGCGCUUCAUCAAAGAUAACAAGGAGAUUGUUAAGAGCAUAAGGCACUUGUCGGACGUGAACUUUGAAAGCGCACAAAAGGCGUCCGUGGCCAUGAACUCUCAAAAUGGUUCAGGGUCCGCAUCAGACCACUUUGACAACGCAAGUCUCGAGCUGUACAACAUCACGCAGCAAAUCAUUCAAUUCAUCGAUUGA